GCGAUGCUAUCAGAGCACACAAUGCCUCGAGUGCUCAUAGUUUAAGGCAGAUACAAAGUGAUUUAACUGCAAGAACAGUACCACCGACUAUCUCUGUAUUUUAUUGUGAGUGUAUACUCUCGGGAUCGACAAUCAUUACUUCUCAAAGCAAGGAAGAAAUUGUUGCUCUAACCUCUAGGAUUCUCCAGAGGAAGCGUGUAAUUGCAGCUGUUAUCGUCACCGUUAUGGUGCUGAUUCUGAUCAUAGCUAUACCCAUCCUUAUCCAAGCUCCUAAGGCUUCAUCUCACUACGAGAUGAUGGGGACCUGCAGGAUGAUUUGUGAUCCGUACAACCCUAAAUCGAGCAGCACCACAAUGGAGGUAAUGCAAGACCUCGGUGCAGUUCAAGGACCACCAUUCAUCCAAGGUGCCAGAGGAGAACCUGGGAAGGCGGGAAAGCCGGGUCCAAGAGGUCCACCUGGCGAACCAGGACCCCCUGGACCCAGGGGACCUCCUGGCGAAAGGGGAGAUCCAGGAAAGCCAGGUUUCCCGGGCUUACCUUUUUCAGGUGGUACUGCAGCUGGCGCUAUAAGUACCACGGGAACUACUCCUAAGAUAGCUUUUUACGCAGGUCUAAAAAGUCCCCACGAGGGUUAUGAAGUUCUAAAGUUUGAUGAUAUUGUCACUAAUAUAGGGAACCAGUAUGACUCCACUACAGGAAAAUUCACCUGUCACGUGCCUGGGAUAUAUUUUUUCACCUACCACGUCUUGAUGAGAGGAGGCGAUGGGACCAGCAUGUGGGCAGACCUUUGCAAAAAUGGACAGGUUCGUGCCAGUGCAAUUGCCCAGGAUGCUGACCAGAACUACGACUAUGCCAGUAACAGUGCAGUCCUCCACUUGGACUCAGGGGAUGAAGUUUAUGUAAAACUAGAUGGAGGCAAAUCGCAUGGAGGCAACAAUAAUAAGUACAGCACUUUCUCUGGCUUUAUUUUAUAUCCAGAUUAAAAGUGAUGAGCGGCACUGUUUUUGGGGUGGUAGGGUUCAUCUCACAGAUGCUUGUUUUAGUUCUCAUUUCCACGAAAAAAAAAAAUGAAAAGAGACCCUGCUAUUUGUGUUCUUCCAGUUCGAAGGUCUCUGAGCUCCACUUCGAGUGCUUCGCAUUGAAGUGAAAACUUAAAAAUGCACAUGAACACAGUGAGAGAAGACCUAACAAAACUGAAGGACUUGGACAAACCUUCAUUUGAUAAGUCAAAAGUACAGCAAUAAAAAAGUUGCUUCUUUCAGAUGGAAGUUGCUGUGAACUGAUAGGAUGUGGUAUUUUGGCACUUCUGAAAUUACUUGUCCCGUCUUCUGUUUAUUAAACAAAGUUUAAUCAAACAUCUUUAAUUCUCAUAGAUGUGUUCCUGCAGUAAGCAGAUUUAUGACCACUUUCAAUAUCAAGUUACUUGACCUUUUUUGAACAAAUAAAGAAACUUUCAGAUUUU